GUGUACACAGUAAACAGUGGGACGAUGGAACUGAAAAAACAUACCAUAGACUUCAUGCGAAGUAAACGACUUUCAAACCGGCACAUAUACAUGUAUCUAACCAUCGUUCUAAGUUAUGCAAGUGUUGUAACAUUUUGUAUUUUUCAAACAAAUCUGAAAACGAACAGGGAACAAGUAGACGUUAUCCGGCAGUGGAGAGAGAUCCCACAGAAUGACAGUGUUGACAACACAUCAGUGGAUUUCAGUCAUAAUAACAUCGACCUACACAGAGAUACGGGGAGAGUACAUCACAUGAACCUAAACGAAACCAACAGCAUUGGACAAAUCAUUGCCGAAAGUAAGGAUAAAAUCAAAGAGAACGCUGAUAGGAGACAAUUUGGUCACAAAAAGGUAAAAGAUCCCCGUGAAAAUAAACUUUGGUUGAAGAAUGUUUUGAAAAUGUUGUAUGACAAGAAAAAGAAACGAUUAGAUAACAAUCUCGGUCUCGAAAAUUACAUGAAUGAAAUGGAUGUCAUCCCAGGUGGUAUUGAGAACCAAGACAAAAUACAGGAACAUUCUGAAGAAGAACCACAGGAUAAUUUCGGUAAAGAAGGUGCUAUAAAGGAGGCAAGUCAUGAUUCCAACAUGGGAUACCGCCAAGAAAACGAGGAAGAAAAAGAGAAACAACAUCUCAUUGAUUCAUUGUCACGCUUAUUGGCAAAGCUCGAUGACAAAGGUAUAGACACUGAUUUAGCACAACAGUUAUUUGCAGAUACCGAUGUUGGGAACAGUAAACACCUUCCUGGCUUUGACCCUACACUUUAUCCACAGAAACUGGAUAUUCCGAAACUGCUGAAUGAUUUCGCUCAGAAUGGUGAUCUUCCAGAACAUGCUAUCAAUAAGUGGGACUUUCAUCCUAUAAUCAACCCUAGCAAUGUAUGUGAUGAACCUGAGGUACAAUCAAAAGUGUUUUUGCUCUUCGUAGUUAAAACAAAACCAGAUAAUUUCGUUAAAAGAAUAUACAUACGUAAAACGUGGGCUGAUCCAGUAAGAUUUCCGAAUAUUAGAACCGUUUUUUCUGUUGGAGUUCCACAAUCAUCAUACAUCAUGAAACAAUUGGAGAUGGAAUCGAUGAAGUACAAAGACGUUCUCUUGAUGGACUAUAUGGACUCGUACUACAACCUGACACUCAAGACAACAAGUAACAUCAAUUGGGCGGCGGCACAUUGCAGCGUGGCCGACUUUGUUGUGUCAAUUGAUGACGAUAUUUAUAUGGCCACAGAUCUCCUGAUACAACACCUACAGGACAUACCAAAGACAGAUGAUGAAAGACUCUAUCUGGGAUACGUGUACAAUGAUACAAUGCCGGUUCGGAAAGAAACGGCAAACAUAUACAUUAAGAAAUGGAUUAUAUCUGAAAAUGAGUACUCUUUUAGUACCUAUCCGAACUACGCACUCGGGGGUUGUAUAAUCAUGUCCAUGAAAACUGUUGUGCAAAUGCGCACAAUAAUUCCGUACACGAAAACCUUUGCAAUGGAAGAUGUGUACAUUGGUAUUUUAGCCAGUAGACUUGGGAUCAUUCCAAAACAUACGGACUUGAUUGAUAUAUCCAAAAAGCAUUUAAAUUCAGUCGAGUUUCAGACUAUUAUUGCCUCCCACUUCUACAAGACAUCCGAAAUGCUGCGACAGGCAUGGGAAUGCCACUUGUCUUUAAACAAUGAUGUUGAGAAGGCCGUGUUUUGUUAAUACCUGAAGAAGGAACUUGAGACACUGCGAGACAAGGUAGACAACUGUCAAAUAAAGCUGUUUAGACAAUACAAUCAUAUAUUUGGACAAAUGUAUUCUAAAUCAGAUUAUUGUUAUAAUUUCAAAUUUCCGUCUGUUUUAACUUCUUUUUCAAAUUGAUAAACCUUGAUGUGAUGCUGAAUCCAUAUAGCCAGCUUAAUGUAGCAUCUAUCACUCUGUUCAUUGCAAUUGUUAUGCAUGUUCCUGGUAGUUAGUUAUCGGUGGCCCAUGUUUAUAUGUCUCUUGUUUUUAUGAAAUAGAAGCUCUUUUUAUUUCAUUACAUAUUUAAACUGCCUAUAUGCGUCUAAUUUUGUCACCUGAAACACACCUCAGUUCCCAUUUAAAAUUAGUCCUUGAUGGGGGGUAUAGUAACACCCGCCAUUUCCUGGAAAAAAAGACAACUGUGAAGCACUGAUCUGUGUAUUAGUGACACUUUUAAUAGGUGAUAAACAUACACUAUUUUACGAAAUCGCUGGCUCUCUGUCUUCAUAGACAUUUGUUUUGUUACAUGUUAUAUCGAAGCCUUAAAGCCACCUUUGAUACUCCUUUUACUCUGCACUAAUAUAAAUAAUUUCUUUAUCUUUUAAUGUUAACAAAUGUUGCAGUUUUAAAUAUGUUUCACGUAACUGUAAGGGUAAAAUAAAAAUGUUAUUAUGAAGUGUCUCAUUUGACAAAUAUAACAUCUAAAGUGGAAUUCGACGUUCAGUCCGAAAUCAUUUAAUUUCAUAUUGACCAGGUUUAAUUGUACACACAUUUAUAUCACACAUUUGGUGAAGAGGUCACUUCUCAUUGAUCCCAAACUGCAGUAUUAAUAUCAUUUAUACCAUUGAAUUUAAGUUUUACAUAUAUUUGAUAAACUAUUUACUCCUGAAUUUGAAAGAUUAAAAGAUAUCUCUAGGUCUAUUAAUAGCGUCUCAUGUAGUCUGUAUCAAUACAUAUCAAUUUAGCAUGUAUGUACUCUAUGUUUAUAAAUAUUGAACAAUAAAGAAUGAAGUUUAACUUUUAUAUAUACAACAAACUCAAUCCUAAUGUGUUAUCAUGUCGAU